GCCUCACGCUCCUUCUUGCCUCUCUCACUCCAGCGUCCGGCCUGCCUGCCUGCAGCGUCGCUCCUCGCUGCGCACCAGUUGCCGCCUCCUCUCGCGCCCUCCACUCGCCUCCACCAUGGCGGCCCCGUCGCGCACCGCCUACACGGUGCUGCAGCAGACGUUCCUCAUCGACUCGGCCUACGAGAUCAGCAAGGAGCUCGGACAGGGCGCCUACGGCUGCGUCGCGGCGGCCACGCACAAGGCCACCGGCGAGGGCGUGGCCAUCAAGAAGAUCACAAACGUCUUCUCCAAGCGCAUCCUCACCAAGCGCGCACUGCGCGAGAUCAAGCUGCUGCGGCACUUCCGCGGGCACAAGAACAUCACCUGUCUCUACGACAUGGACAUUGUCGAGCCCAAGGACUUCAACGAGGUGUACCUGUACGAGGAGCCGAUGGAGGCCGACCUGCACGCCAUCAUCCGCUCCGGCCAGCCGCUGUCCGACGCGCACUUUCAGUCGUUCAUCUACCAGACGCUGUGUGGUCUGCGCUACAUCCACUCCGCCUCGGUGCUGCACCGCGACCUCAAGCCAGGAAACCUGCUCGUCAACGCCGACUGCGAGCUGAAGAUCUGCGACUUUGGCCUGGCGCGUGGCUUUGAGACGGACGCUGAGCUGGCGGCAAAGGGCGGGCAGCCCGCCGGCGGCUUCAUGACGGAAUACGUCGCGACGCGCUGGUACCGGGCGCCGGAAAUCAUGCUGUCCUUCCAGAACUAUACGACGGCCAUCGACAUCUGGUCCGUCGGCUGCAUCCUUGCCGAGCUGCUCGGCGGCAAGCCCAUCUUCAAGGGCCGCGACUACGUCGACCAGCUCAACCAGAUCCUGCACUACCUCGGCACGCCGACGGAGGAGACGCUGCGGCGUGUCGGCUCGCCCCGAGCACAGGACUACAUCCGCUCCCUGCCAAUCAAGCAGAAGAUCCCCUUCCACCUGCUCUACCCGCAAGCAAACCCGCAGGCGCUGGACCUGCUCGAGAAGCUGCUGGCCUUUGACCCGGCGCAGCGCAUCAGCUGCGAGGACGCGCUGCGGCACCCGUACCUGGCCGUGUGGCACGACCCGGCAGACGAGCCCACAUGUCCGACCAAGUUCGACUUUGGCUUCGAAGCCGUCGACGAGGUCGAGGGCAUGAAGCAGCUCAUCCUGUCCGAGGUCAAGAGCUUCCGGGAGGAGGUGCGGCAGCGGGCUCGCGCGCAGCAGCCGCGGAGGCAGGAGAGUCUGCCGGUGCCGUCGCGCGAGGAGCUGCAAAAGGCGUCGCCGACCGACGCGCAGGGCGGUCAGCUGAUCGGCGCCUCGUCGGGCAUCAUCCAAGGCGGCGGCGAGGCGGCGAGCGGCGCGCUGCCCGACUCGCAGCUGAUGGAGGAUCCCAGCGAGGCAUUCGAGCGCGAGCUGCAGGGCCACCGUUAGAGCUGCAUCUGCGCUGUAUCUCGAGACAUCACAAUAUACCGUCCUUCCCACAGACACACCAC